GCUCGGCCGGUGCCGCCGCCGCUCCAUGUGUGAGGAGCGCGGUGUGGCCCCGGGAUCCGGCGGCCCCGGGAUCCGGCGGCCCCGGGAUCCUGCGGCGGAGCCCCGGGCACGGCGGGCGGGCGGCGGGGCCGGCGGAGCGGAGCGGGCCCGGCGGGGCGGGCCGGGAGCGGAGGGAGCGGAGCGGAGCCCUGCGACUUCUCCCGGAUCCUCGGCUCCGGCUCAUCCCGGAAUGACCUUCCCUGACAGCCCCUGACCAUGAGCGAGGACUCAUGUCGCACCCGGAGCCAGAAACGCGCCCUGGAGCGGGAAUCGGAGCCGGAAAAUAAAAAACUCAGGAUGGACAAAGGAAUUCCGGGAUCCGAGCUGGGCUCCGAGGGGGAGAUGAAAAUCAAAGCGGAUCCCGGAGCCGGGAAAAUCCCGGGAAUGUUGAAAAGUGGGGAAGUCAAAGCCACCAUCAAAGUGGAGCUGCCGGCCGGGGAUGAGCCCGUGGAUAUGAGCACUUCCAAAGGUGAUUCCGGUCGGGAUGGCCGCGCGGUGUCUCCGGAUGUGAUCGUUCUGUCGGACACCGAGGCCGGGAGCCCCCGGCUGAACGGGCUGGACCCCGCAGGACCCCCCCAGCCCGGCCCCGGCCUCCUGCGGAGCCCGGAGCAGCGGGAGCGGCUGAUCCGGCAGCUGCAGGAGGAGCUGCGCCUGGAGGAGGCCAAGCUGGUGCUGCUCAAGAAACUGAGGCAGAGCCAGAGCCAGAAGGAAGCGCCCGCGCCCAAGCUUUCCUCGGCUCCCUCUGGAAGCGCCGCGGCCGCGCCCCCGCCCCUCCUGCGGGGUCCUCAGGCUGCUCCCGCUGGGAAAACUUCCCUCCAGCCCUCUUCCAGCCGCAUUCCGGGCUCUGGGAUUCCCCCUCCGCUGCUCCGGGGGGGCCAAGCGGCCACAGCCAAGUUGGGAUCUCAGCAGAGCCCCCAGAUCGUGAUGCCCCCCCUGGUCCGAGGGGCCCAGCAAAUCCACACGAUCCGGCAGCACUCGAGCUCGGGGCCGCCGCCGCUGCUGCUGGCGCCGCGCGCCUCGGUGCCCUCGGUGCAGCUGCAGGGCCAGAGAAUCAUCCAGCAGGGGCUGAUCCGCGUGGCCAACGUGCCCAGCGCCAGCCUGCUCGUCAACAUCCCGCAGGCAUCCCCCACAUCCCUGAAGGGCUCAGGGGUCCCCUCAGGCCCCUCAGGCUCGGCCCCGGCGGGCGGCACGGCGCUGGCGGGCACCGGCGACGCUCCGGGCAGCCGGCAGGCCGCGGCCAAGCUGGCGCUGCGCAAGCAGCUGGAGAAAACGCUGCUGGAGAUUCCCCCACCCAAACCUCCCGCCCCAGAGAUGAAUUUCCUGCCCAGCGCCGCCAACAACGAGUUCAUUUACCUGGUGGGGCUGGAGGAGGUGGUGCAGAACCUGCUGGAGACUCAAGGGAAGGUGGCGGUGGCCGUGUCCUGCCGGGAGCCAUACCUGUGCGCCCAGUGCCACACGGACUUCACGUGCCGCUGGCGGGAGGAGAAGAACGGCACCAUCAUGUGCGAGACCUGCAUGGCCUCCAACCAGAAGAAAGCGCUGAAGGCCGAGCACACGAACCGGCUCAAGGCCGCCUUCGUCAAGGCCCUGCAGCAGGAGCAGGAGAUCGAGCAGAGGAUCCUGCAGCAAACGGCUCCUCCUGGGCAGCCCAAGGCCGAGCCCGUGGGGCAGCACCACUCGCUCAAGCAGAGUUCCAGCCAGAUGUCCCGAGGUGCCGGCGCUUCCCGAGGGGUCCUGCACAGCUUCAGCUCCUCCCCAAAGCUCCAGAGCUCCUCGGCCACGCUCGGGAGCCGGCCCGGAAAACACUCGGAAAGAUCCGGAAAAGGAGGAGCGGCCGCCUGGAAGAAAAAUCCCAUUGGCACAGGUGGAGCCCUGCCCUUCGUCAGCCCCGCCCUGGCCGUGCACAAAUCGGCCUCGGCCGUGGAGCGGCAGCGCGAAUAUCUCCUGGAUAUGAUCCCGCCCCGCUCCAUCCCACAGUCGGCCACGUGGAAAUAAAAUUCCCGAGGGAGAACUUUUGA